AUGAAGAAUCAUGGAGCCCUAAUGUACCGCCGGGCAAAGUCAUGGCUUCUGGCUGCCUUUGGUCUUUGCUGGCUGCAGGUGCUCCCGGCUACCUUCGCGCACUCCAAGUGGCACUGGGGCAAGAGGUCCAACAAUGUGGAGGUAUUCUGGGAUCUGGACAACCUCUUUCCGUACAAGGACAUCUCUCUGGGGGCCUGUAGCGCAGCUGUCUGCAAAAGACUGAGCCAAGACGGCAGCGUGAAGCCGACUGUGCGACUCUAUGCCAACCUGCACACUUUCAGAGACAAUCUAUAUCUGCGAGGCGGCGAGGAACAGAGGAACCGACGUCUUCGGCUCCGGGUCAAGCCAAGCGACCCCGACAGCGAGAUCCUCGAGGUCUUCCGACGAUCCUUGAAGUCCGCAGACGACGCGGCGUCCUUCUGCGCCCGGUUUCCGACGAAGCCGACGGGGCUUCUGUUACAGGACCUGAAGAUGGAGGCUGGCCAGAUGGGAUACCUCUUGAUGUAUUACCGAGACGCCAAAGAGCUGCUCCUGCUAAAUCUGCGCCGCUACUUCGGGGUCUACGGUGCCAACCUACAGCUGAAGAUCCUUCCGUCUUCACCACAGGCUGUCGACAAGGAGAUGGUUAGCGAUAUCAAGUUGCUUCUGCAAGACCCACAGCUGCGCCUCCACCCGGGAACGAUCUGCCUGGUUUCAGACGACGGUGAGCAAAUCUUCGCCUCCUCGCUUCGCGCUGCGGGGGAGCGAGGCUGGAGGACGGCGCUGGUGAGCAAGAAUGGCAGCACGCGGCUAAUGCAGGGCGCUGCACAUCAAAGUCUAGGCUGGGCGAACUGCAAUGCCCGUGCUCGGGCCGUGAGAGUGCUGGUGUUCAUCGUCGUGACACUGAUCCACUCGUUGAUGAUUUGCGUCAAGCUUGGCUUCGAGAUCACCGGGCCGGGUUCUGCAGACGUGGAUUCGAGCACUCUUCAGCAUUUGUUUUCAGCAGUUUCAGGUUUUUAG